AGAAAAUGAACUUGCACUGCAUGGAACAUCAAGCAAUUGCACAGCGGGCCCCACUUGUCCACCGGCCCCACCUCCCGGCAACAGCGACAUGUCACCACAGCCCCACUUGCCAUCAUGUCGAGAAUGCAGGACGGUGGCCUCGCAAUUUGCAACUAGCUGGAAGCCAUGUGGCGCAUGACAUAUACAUUGAAUGAAAUGAUAGUUUGUGACGCUUGCGUAAUCUGAUACACAACAAUGACAAUUUUCGGGGCGAGAGGACACGGUCACGUGGGUCCUGGAUUACCGUGCCUGAAGCUGACCUGGGACUGUUCUUGACAAGAAUGGUUCUUGGCACCCACAGUGCGAGCAAGGUUGGCCAACAUAUCAGCGGCGGGCUCAUGCCGGCGUUCUGACUCGAUUUGUCGAUUAUCGCAACCCUUCCUUGUUCUUGAAAAUAUGUCUGCCUUGCCCGUAUAUGUCGCCGUGGUUGGCGUGGGACUGGUCGGCUCGGAAUUUAUCAAUCAGCUCCUCUCCCUGCCCAUCUCUCCGUUCGAGCUCGUCUCACUGACAUCUUCGACGCGCUCACUGUUCACCCACGACCCCAUAACGAUCUCGACGUGGAAAUCGCAGCUUGAGGGCGCAAAGGAUCGUCCCGAUCUGGAAAAACUCACGGAGCGACUCUCAGUGCUCCUCGCAUCCUCGCAUCGGAUUAUCUUGGUGGACAACACCUCAUCGGACGACGUCGCCGCGUUCUAUCCCAAAUGGCUCAAGGCUGGUAUCAGCGUCAUCACUCCGAAUAAAAAGGCGUUCUCGGGCGAUGUCGAGCUUUAUGAGCAGAUUCUUGAAUCCAGCCAGUCGGGUGGUAGAUUCCUCAACGAAUCCACCGUUGGUGCUGGACUGCCUGUUCUUUCAACCCUAAAAGACCUCGUGGCUACUGGAGAUAAGGUCACGAAAAUCGAGGGCGUAUUCUCAGGGACAAUGAGCUACAUCUUCAAUGAAUUCUCCACCGGCAAGCCGGAUGGUCCCACCUUUUCCUCUGUGGUCAAAGUUGCACGAGAAAAGGGCUACACGGAACCUCGUCCGGCAGAUGACCUCAAUGGCUUCGACGUCGCCCGCAAGCUGACGAUCCUGUCUCGGAUCAUCGCGCACUCCCCUUCUCCAGGAGGACUGCCACGAUUGCAGUCCUUCAAGUCCGUGCAAACCACCUCCCUGAUUCCUGCCGAACUGGAGGGCAUCCCCACGGGCGACGAGUUCAUUGCUAGGCUGCCUGAAUUCGACGAGAGAUUCGCGAAAAUGCGGGCGGAUGCCAGCGCGGACGGGCAGGUGCUGCGUUUUGUGGGUGUGGUGGAUGUCGUGACCGGCCAAGUCCGUGCUGGACUGGAGCGAUACCCCACUUCACAUCCAUUCGCGACUUCGUUGGGAGGAUCGGACAACAUCAUUAUGUUCCACACAGAGCGAUACGGUGCUCGGCCGUUAAUCAUCCAAGGCGCUGGGGCUGGGGCUGCUGUCACGGCGAUGGGUGUUAUGAGCGAUCUACUCCGGGUGAUCUAA